GGCUGUCAAGAUGGCGGCCGUACUGAGGGGCCGGGGAAUUCUCCAUCCUCCCCGGCCGGUUUCUGCUUUUCCCGCUGUCUUCGCUGUGCUGCUUCUUUUAGGCUAUGGCCCAGCCUCUGCCGCCGCUUCUCCUGUCUGUCAGCACCGCGUCCCCAGCGCCAGGGAGGUUAUCUACAAAGUUUAUCUUAAGGAAAACCGUGUUAUGAAGAGAAAUGUUGAUGAACAACUAAGAAUUAAGACUGUAUAUGACAAAAGUGUGGAGGAAUUGCUACCUGAAAAAAAGCAACUUAUAAAGAAUAAGCUUUUCCCACAAGCUAUUUCUUAUUUAGAGAAGACAUUUCAAGUUCGUAAACCUAGUGGUACUGUACUAUUAAACAGACAGUGUGUUACAAACCAAUAUUUAAGGAAGAAGGAUGAUCCUCACAGAUACUGCCGAGGAGCCUGUUCACAAUAUACAAGGUGUGGCCCAGUUAUAGUUCCUGAGGAACACCUGCAGCAAUGUAGGGUAUGUAGUGAAAAUGGAUGGCUGUGUGGACCUGCUGGUAAAGCAGACCAAGAAGGGGUACGAGAUGCUGACUUUGUGUUGUAUGUUAGCGCACUAACCACUGAAAGGUGUGGCCAAGAAAAUAUUAUUGCCUAUGCAGCAUACUGUCAACUGGAAGCAGAUAUGGACAGACCAAUUGCAGGGUAUGCUAAUUUGUGCCCAAAUAUGAUUUCAACCCAAGCACAAGAGUUUGUUGGCAUGCUGUCUACAGUGAAACAUGAAAUUAUUCAUGCAUUGGGUUUCUCUGCUGGGCUGUUUGCAUUUUAUCGUGAUGAUGAUGGAAAUCCUUUGACUGCCAGAUAUGCAAAUGGACUGCCACCAUUUAAUGAAAGCCUUGGCGUGUAUCAGUGGAGCAAUAAAGUUGUACGUCAUGCAGUACGGUUAUGGGAUGUACGGGGUAAUAAGAUACUGCGUCACAAUAUAUUUCUUCUAAUAACUCCAAAAGUAAUGGAGGAGGCCAGAAAACAUUUUGACUGUCCAAUUUUAGAGGGAAUGGAACUUGAAAAUCAAGGUGGCAUGGGCACAGAGCUCAAUCAUUGGGAGAAGCGUUUGUUGGAGAAUGAAGCAAUGACAGGAUCGCAUACACAGAACAGGGUCUUCUCCCGGAUCACUUUGGCAUUAAUGGAAGAUACAGGCUGGUAUAAAGCCAAUUACAGCAUGGCAGAAAAACUAGACUGGGGCCGAGGUAAAGGCUGUGACUUUGUGAUGAAAAGUUGUAAAUUUUGGAUUGACCACAGGCGGACAAAGAAAGAAUUGGUAGCCCCAUAUUGUGACACUCUGCGGAGUAAUCCAUUGCAACUAACCUGCAGACAGGACCACAGAGCAGUAGCAGUGUGCAAUUUACAGAAGUUCCCUCAACAGCUGCCUCAGGAGUAUCAGUACUUUGACAGUUUGUAUGGAGUACCGCAAGAGGAUUUGCCUUAUUAUGGUGGGUCGGUUGAAAUUGCUGACUACUGUCCUUUCAGUCAGGAAUUUAGUUGGCACUUAAGUGGUGAAUUUCAGCGCAGUUCAGAUUGUAGAAUACUGGAAAAUCAACCAGAUCCUUACAAAAACUAUGCUGCAGAGAAAUAUGGACCAAAUUCAGUUUGUCUCAUUCAGAAGUCAGCUUUUGUUAUGGAACAAUGCAGAAAAAAGCUCAGUUACCCUGACUGGGGUAGUGGGUGUUACCAGGUUUCUUGUUCUCUCCAUGGGCUGACUAUUUGGGUCAAGGACACAGCAUACCCGUGCAGUCACUCAGGUCAAAUUCUAACUGUGAAUAUUCAGAUGAAUGGAUGGAUACAUAUUGGGAAUCUAAUUUGCCCAGCAUGCUCAGAUUUCUGUGAUUUCUGCCCACCUGAGCAGGACCCUCCUCCAAUUGCUAAUCUGACAAGAGUUGCAUCUAUUGAUUUGUGUUCCUGUUCUCCCAGCCUCGUUGUUACUCUGUGGCUAUUGAUGGCAAACUUGCUUCCACUACUGGCUGGAUUUCUUCUAUGUGCAUGGAGUUAAAACAUGCUCCCAUAUCUCCUUUACAGUCAUGUCCUAUAUCUAGAGUACACUAUAUUUGAGUACAUCUCGAAGGCAGCUAUCUGGAAGAACAAUCACAAAUCCAUCUGCCUUGUGGCAAGUAGCCCAGCUGAUCACAUGCUGCAUGGUGCUGGACAACAGCUUCUAGACUAAGAGAGGCAAAGUUUACAGUGACAUCUCAAUAAGUGCCAGUGUUAAUUAAAAGUUUUAUUUUCACAUUGGUAACAAAUUUUGGGGGAACAAACUUGCCAGUUGUAUUAUACUAUCCAUUGCCACUGGUCUGGAGCACUUUUGCUUUGCACAAUUCUCUGAGACUGGGAUAUAGACAGAGAUAUACCUCAAUUUCCUUUAGUCAAAAGCCAUGAAAAUUGGUUGCCAUCGCUGCUAAUAACUUAAGUCUGAUAAGGUUAUGGAGUUCAAAAAGGACUUAUUCUUUCGGUACUGGUUUAGGAUGCUACCAGAAGUAUUCUAUACCUUGUAUACCCUGAUGAUUUGAGGCUGUUUCUUCUGUGAAAUCUCUGCUGCUUAGAAUAUGAGGGAAUGUUUGAACAGCUGCACGUCAUGCACUUUUAGUAUUUUUAAAUAAUGAAAAUAUUUAAUUUGCCCUUUAUUGUCGAAGAAUACUGUUAAACUAUUCUCCCAUAGCUUUUAAUAUACUAAAACAUAAUCCUUUGCAUGUUGACUUAGAAGCAAGUCCUAUUGAAUUCAUUUGGGCUUACUUCCAAGUAAAUAGGCAUAGGAUUGUAGGGUAAGACUAAUUCGAAGCGUGCUUGCUACGAUGUAAAUCUCAUUGAAUUCAAUUGAAAUUAUUUUGAGUAAACAUGUUUGGGACUUGGUAAUUUGAAGAAGUGGGUAGUCCCCAUUCAUAAAAGUUUAUUUCACUGCACUGGCCUUUUAUUUUUAACCCUUCAGUGCAUGCCAGAUAUUGAUCAGACUCAAGCAUCCAGAUGAUUUUCCCACACACACUUCUAGGUGAGUAGACCAAAAGAAGAGUAAAAUAAAACAAAUCUCUUGCUUAGAUUGGAGGGUACCUAAUGUUCUGUUAGGCAAAACGUGUGUAGUGGCAGCAACUAAAAUCUUACUGGCACCAUGUUGACUCCUUUGGGGCUAAAAUGAAAAAAUUCAUUACCAAGAAACCUUGUUUGGUGGUUCUUGGAUGAAAGUACAGCUGACCUCAAUUAACCUAGGUAUAUGAAGAUUUAAAUAUACUUUUUGAAGUACGCAGGUUAGUGGCUGUGCCAUCAAGAAAUUGUUAGACCUAUAUAAACCACCAGCGACUAACUUGCAGAAGAAGAAUCAAUUCCCUAGAGAAUGGAAAACCCUCAGGGAUCAUAGUUCUGAUAACUUUUCUUUAUUAUAACUGGCACAAAUUGUUUUUUGUCUUGGGAUUGGAGGAGGAGUUGUACCUAAUAGUUCUGAUUCAUUCUAAGGUGUGUUUCUUGGAGAUGCUGGACUAGGAGUACUCUGUAAAACAGGAAUUUUAUAUCUAAAUCUUGUAGGACAAUCUGAUCUUUUAAAAUUUAUACUUUGGAAGAAGGCUAUACAGUGGACCAGUUUGUUCAGCACAAUGGGAAAUUGUGGGUUGAUUAAUUGUGCAUGAGCCACCUUCACUUUGCAUAAACAACCUACGAAUGCCCCAUUUGUAGGUUGUUACAUGAUGUGCAAACCUGGACUCUCUGGGUUAUUUAUGGGUUUGUCAAUCCAGAGUUAACCUAAACAGCUAUGUGUCCCCCCAGCUAAUUGUGCAUUAAUUAACCCAAGAUUUUCCACUGUGACAUGUGAACUGCAUCAGUGUAGUGAGAUCAGAACCUUGAGUAGAAUCAGGUGAACUCUUCUGUUUAUUCCAAGCACAUCCCCUUCUAUAAUAGUGCCUGCUAGAUUAUUAUUUUUCUUAAAAUUAACUUUAUUUUUAGAAAUACACUACGUAGAACACUAUAUUACCUUCUACAUUAGCCUUAAAUGGGUUGGGGAUUGAAGGCAUAGAAAUAGCAAUAAAAUGUUAGGAUUAAGAAAUGCUUUAAACUUGUACAAUUUGAUGAAUGGAAAUUAAUUUUCUAGAUAGAUUCAGCUCAACAACUAGUAUGAAACAGUUUCAUAAAAUCAAGGAGUAGAAACUGUCUUUUAAUCUGUGCAAUAAUAGAACUUAAAUAGCAUCUUCAAAGAAUGCUUUUAUAUACUUGAACUUUUUUUUCUUUUUGUCUUGAAGUAAAACAAUUGCACUGUAUCAACCUUUUGGCUAACUUUAUAUGUGAGCAUUUAUACCAAUGUUAAUGUAUGAUUUUGUUGUUGUAAAGGUAAAACCUUGUCAUCCUUGACUGAGAAAUGCUGAACAUUAAUGGGUCCAAUUGAAAAUUUAGUGCAAUGGAGAAACGACUGAAACAUUUGUAAUGUAUGUUAGUGAUCAUAGUGCACAGAAUUUGAAGAGUGUUUUAUCUUUGUAUGUAGAUGUUAAUUGCUUCAGUGCAUCUUGUAAAGUAAAAAUGCCAUUGCCCUCGUUAUGUCUGAGAAGAUGCUAGCGGAUAAUAAUCCAAGCCCCAACCUAAACAACUGGAAUUGACCUGUGUUUUCAGAAAUCUCCCAAAUUUAAAUUUUAAAUCACCCACUCUCCUGCAUUAAUAAAACAAAUUCUGAUAGACCAGCCAAGAACCCCUUAACGCAACAUUUUACUGUUGCAGAAUGAUUCCAUGAGGAUGUUGUACAGGAGGCAAGGCCUACCAGUGUCGUUGCUAUUUCAGAUAUCCCAGCUGGCCCUAGGCAAUUUUCUGAAUAACUGCCUAAAUUCUAGAGUGUUGCCAACCACGGGAUCAUUUUGGACCUGAUGAUGUGCCUAAAGCAUUAAAUAAAAUCAUUGCUUAUUGUUUUGUGUAAAUUGAGUGUCUGUCAGUGCAGUGGAAGCUAGCUUUCCCACAGUAGAACAAACAGUUUAGUAAAACAAUAUGAUUUCAGGUAAACUUUCUUAUGGCUGUUUGAAAUAUCAAAAUUAACAGUGACACUGAAUGUUUUAUGAAAAACAUGUCAGGGUUGUUUUUUUUAGAGCAAAGGUACCACAGUAGAAAGCUGUAACCUAUUUUCAAAAUGCAGAAUCUAAAUAUAAUCCCUAACUUUAAAUAGCAAAGAUCAGGUAGUGGAUGUAAUUGAUAUAAACUGCAUGUAGAACUGUAGUUUAAGCACAAUUAAGUAUAGAUAUUUUUAAAUACAGGUCACACUGCCACUAGUUUUCUUCCUUCAUACACAUUAACAACAGAGAUAUGGGCAUACAGUAUUAAACCUGUACUGCUUUUUCCCUGUAACAUUGCCCCUGCCCCCCUUUUUGGGGAACUCACCAGCAGACCAGUCAUUUUAAACUUGGAGGAGCCUUGCAUUGCCUACUCCCUGUUUUUUAUGGUAGUCUCUAGAAUGCGUCAUAUCUCAUGAGGAAGGAAAUGACCAUUGAACAUUUUCCCCCUAUAAAGCUGUACACGAUCUUUUUCUGGCUCAGUUCAGACAACAUAUUUCUCAAUGGUGGCUUUAGAACUCCAUGAUGGCAUUUUUACACCACUGUUGAGAAAUGUGCAGUCUAGCAGGAAACCUCCGUGCAAUGGUGGAGCUUUUUGGGAAAACACUCCACACAGAAUAUCCACAAUGUGCAGAGAAGAGUUCCUGUACAACCAUUGUAUUGCGUGUUGUGGGCUCCAUGGAGUUUUCUGUUGAGUUGAUUUUUCCCACUUGCUACAGAGUUCCCUUGCAAGAGUGGCGAAAAGAGUGCUGCUCUAGCAGAGCAGCCAGGAUUGGGUUUUUUGCAGCAAUGGCUGAUGGGAUGUCAUUGGGAAGACCAGGGGAGGAGAGAGGGCAGAGGAACUGUCAAUCAAACAUCACAUUGACUUUUACUCAACUCCACGGUAGCUCACACGGUGGAGUUAGAACAUGUUGUGUGGAAAGUACCCCCUAAAAACUGAACCGCUGAGUGGAGUUUUCACACUGUGUUGACUAAAGUGUUGUCUGAACUGAGCAAACUAUUUGAAAGAGAUUAUUCUUGGACAGUUUCUCCAAGCCUGUGAACUACUAUCUUCUAAAUCUGCUUCUUUCUUAAUUCCAGGGAGAACUUUGGAUCAAGACUGUAUUGAAAGCACUUGCGUUUUUACCUUAUCCUGUAUUUCAUACAUUUUGAUAUGAUGUAGAAUAUCUUUCCGAAGAAUAUUGGGGGAAGCUUACUGUAUUUCUGCCUCUCCUUAUACAGGCCAAUGCUAAUUUUUGCUCUUAUAUAUGAUGAGCACCGUACCUAACAUAAUUGAUGUUCCUAUAGUUCUCUGGAGUUCCUGGGUAUGUUAUGCAGGUUGUAGCUGGAUGGUUUAUGAUCUAAUACCUGCUGUGGUUGUCGGUGUUUGAUGGGGAAGUGUGUGAAUGCACACUCCAUAAGUGCAUGCUCCAUAGGAGCCAAGGCCUUCUUAGUGGGAGCUGAUCCAAAUCGUAGUCUGUAUAUAUGUCUGUUACUCUAUACUAAAAAUGUCAACUUUUUAAAACGUAAAUACUUUGCAGAUAAACUUAUUUGGGAUGAGUGAAUCUAGGAUUUGCUGUAUGCUAUUGCAACAAAAUGUAAAUACAGAAUUGUUUUCCGAUUCUUUUUGUGAGUUGAUCUGAAGGCUGGAUUAUAUAUGUGGUGCUUAUAUAUGCAAUUAAAAUAUUUUUUUAAGUA